AUGGUGUCAACACGCAGCCAUCCUCAGGAGUUUCCUCCGCAACAUGUCAACCAGCUGGGCUCUGAGACGCCCUCAAAGCGUUCGCUGUCAACGGUGACGCCAUCGACAUCGCAACCUGACUUUCAAGGCCGAAACAACAACCAGAAGCCCUGGUCACACACGCCAUCCCUCCUUACUCUGACUUGGCUAUGUAUCUCGAUGCCAUUGGUUAUUUGGGAUAGCUUCUACGUUUUGCUUCGUCCACAUUCCAUGCCUGGAGGCAAGUACCAGAAGCCUCUUUGGGUACCCUACGAGCUCUACGGCCAAGUCGAUCACAUUUACGGCUGGCCUGCAUAUAACUCGGGUAAUGGCUUUACUGCUGCUCAGACUGGUAUGAACGUUGUGGAGAUUGUAGGCUAUGUCUACUACCUUUAUCUGCUUUAUACCUACGGAAGGACCGAGGACGUUCAAGGCACUGGCGCUCCGAACAAGCAACAAGUCGGAAAGCUCGCGCGAAGUCGAACAGUCUAUGGGAAAGCUGCCGCGAAAGCAGUCCUCUUGUUGUAUGGUGUUGCCCUCAUGACCCUCAGCAAGACUGUGCUUUAUUGGCUCAAUGAAGUCUUCUCUGGUUUCGCGAAUAUCGGCCACAAUGAUGCAUCAUCCAUCUUCUUCCUCUGGGCUCUCCCGAACGGCAUGUGGAUUCUCUUCCCGGCAUACCUGGUUUACGUGUCUGGAAAGGAGAUAUUACAAGGCCUCGAAAUUGCUGUGAGCAGCUCUAAGAAAUCUCAGUGA